AUGCCUGUCCAUCGACCGCGGCAGGCCCAGCGCAUCAACCAGCUGUUCAUCCUCGUGUCCAUCACCACCGUCUUCACCCUCUACUUCCUCUUCUUCAGAGAGCCACCGAGCAGAACCCAUGGCCUCUCGAGCUCACAGCAGCAGCAGCCACAGAGACCUGGCUCCGGCAAGCUAGCCACGGCGUCGAGGGAGCUGGUCGUCGCCAGCGUCAAGGCCGACGACACUGCGUGGAUACAGGAGCAACUGGCGGGCUGGAAGGCGAAUAUCUACGUUGCCGACGGUGACGCUGCGAGCAAUUCGGGCCUCUCGGUGCCUGUGAACAAGGGGAGGGAGGCCAUGGUGUAUUUGACAUCGAUACGACUCGCUGCCAGACUUUAUGAUAUUCAUGCAUGGACGGCGGUACCAAUGGCACAACGACGACCCAAUAUACGGUAUGUACAGACCAUGGACCGGUUGGGCGGACAGGUGGUGCAGAUGGCGCUAAACGACUAUACUUCUUCUACGCCCGCAGACGGUGCGUCGGUUAUAAGCAAGCUACAGCUUCAGGCAGUGGUCAAGACGGGAUAUGCGCCACUGAGAUGUACCUGGAUACCAGGCUGUCCCGUGGAACUGCACCCGCUAAAGCCCGUUGAUGAAGGGCCCAUCGUUCGCCAGCAGACCGAGCUCGCCUUUGCAGCUGUCUUCAAGACGUUGUUCCCCGGUACCGAAGUGCCUGCAGAGGUGGGUGCGACAUGCUCGUCCCAGUUUGCUGCCACACGGGAACAGGUCAUGCUGCGGCCUAAGGCGGACUAUGAGCGCAUUCGGAAAUGGCUUGUCGAGACCAACCUGCCUGACGAUAUCAGCGGGAGAAUCAUGGAGUACAUGUGGCACAUGAUCAUGCAGAAGAAACCGGUAUACUGCCCGCCGGCCGGGGAAUGCUACUGCUUCACGUUUGGCCUGUGUAAUCUGGAGUGCACGGCGGCCAAGUGUGAGAAGCAGUAUGUCCUGCCUACUUAUGCAGCUGUCCCGGAUGGCUGGCCAGAGAAGGGCGGAGGUGAGAACGGAUGGCCCAAGCCAGGCUGGAAUCAAUGA